AUGAGGUCCUCCUCUCGGUUUCUCGGCGCCCUUGCGGCGGCGGCAUCGUUCGUGCCGUCUGCCCUGGCUCAGAACAGUGUUCCGGUGACCUUCACCGACCCGAGCACGGGCAUCGUGUUCAACUCGUGGGGCCUCCCCAACGGAUCGGCCGAGACACAGGGAGGCUAUACCUUCGGUGUGGCCCUGCCGUCGAACGCCCUCACAACCGAUGCCACCGAGUUCAUCGGGUACCUGCAAUGCGCAUCCACUGACGGAAAGGGCUGGUGCGGUGUUUCCCUGGGCGGUCCCAUGACCAAUUCGCUGCUCAUCGCCGCCUGGCCGUACGGGGACAACAUCUACACGUCGUUCCGCUAUGCGACCGGCUACGCCAUGCCCGACGUCUACACGGGCAACGCCACGCUCACGCAGAUCUCGUCCACCAUCAACUCGACCAGCUUCACGCUGAUCUUCCGGUGCCAGAACUGCCUGUCGUGGAACCAGGACGGCAGUUCCGGCGGCGCCUCGACGUCGUCCGGCGCCCUCAUCCUCGGCUGGUGCCAGGCGUUCCCGUCGCCCGGCAACCCGACCUGCCCGGACCAGAUCACCAUCGAGCAGCACGACAACGGCCAGGGCAUCUGGGGCGCCCAGCUCGACUCCAACGCCGCCAACCCGUCCUACACCGCCUGGGCUGCCAAGGCCACCAAGACCGUCCCCGCCCAGUGCAGCGGUCCCACGUCCACGGGUGUGGUUGGCGUUCCCGUGCCCACCGGCGCCACCUACGACUACAUCGUCGUGGGCGCCGGUGCGGGCGGUAUCCCCAUCGCGGACAAGCUGAGCGAGGCCGGCAAGUCGGUUCUGCUCAUCGAGAAGGGCUUCGCGUCGACGGGCCAGAACGGCGGCACGCUCGGGCCGGACUGGCUGGCGGGCACCGGUCUUACCCGCUUCGACGUGCCGGGCCUGUGCAACGAGAUCUGGGUCGACUCCAAGGGCAUUGCCUGCGAUGACACCGACCAGAUGGCCGGCUGCGUGCUCGGCGGCGGCACGGCCGUGAACGCCGGUCUAUGGUUCCACCCCUACUCGCUCGACUUCGACUACCUGUUCCCUACCGGCUGGAAGUCGAGCGACGUCCAGGCCGCCAUCUCCAGGGUGUUCUCGCGCAUCCCGGGCACCUACACGCCUUCGAUGGACGGCAAGCUUUACUACCAGCAGGGCUUCGACGUAAUCUCCGGCGGCCUGAGCAAAGGCGGCUGGACCCAGGUCGUCGCCAACAGCUCGCCCGACAGCAAGAACCGCACCUUCUCCCACUCGCCCUUCAUGUUCUCCGGCGGCGAGCGCGGCGGGCCCCUGGCGACCUACCUGCAGACCGCCAAGAAGCGCAGCAACUUCAACCUCUGGCUCAACACGACCGUCAAGCGCGUGGUCCGCGACGGCGGCCACAUCACGGGCGUCGAGGUCGAGGCCUUCCGGUCCGGCGGCUACGAGGGCGUCGUGAACGUGACCAACAUCUCGGGCCGCGUCAUCCUGUCGGCCGGCACCUUCGGCACCGCCAAGAUCCUGCUGCGAAGCGGUAUCGGGCCGUCGGACCAGCUGCAGGUUGUGCAGAACUCGACGAUCGACGGCCCCACCAUGAUCAACAGCACGUCGUGGAUUCCCCUGCCGGUCGGCUACAACCUGGACGACCACUGCAACACCGACACCGUCAUCACGCACCCCAACGUCGUCUUCUACGACUUCUACGCGGCCUGGGACAACCCCAUCCCGUCUGAUGAGCAGAGCUACCUGAACAGCCGCAGCGGCAUCCUCGCCCAGGCCGCGCCCAACAUCGGGCCCAUGUUCUGGGAGGAAAUCAAGGGCGCCGACGGUAUCGUGCGCCAGCUGCAAUGGACAGCUCGCGUCGAGGGCAGCUUCGACACGCCCAACGGCCACGCGAUGACCAUGUCGCAGUACCUCGGCCGCGGCGCCACCUCGCGCGGCCGCAUGACCAUCACGCCGUCGCUGACCACCGUUGUCUCGGACGUGCCCUACCUCAAGGACCCCAACGACAAGGAGGCCGUCAUCCAGGGCAUCGUCAACCUGCAGAACGCUCUCAAGAACGUCGCCAACCUGACCUGGACCUACCCCAACUCGAGCAUCUCGGCGCGCGACUACGUCAACAGCUUGUCCCUCUCCCCCAGCAUCCGCCGGUCCAACCACUGGGUCGGGACGGCCAAGAUCGGCUCCGACGACGGACGCACGGGCGGGUCGGCGGUGGUGGACCUCAACGCGCGCGUGUACGGGACGGACAACCUGUUCGUGGUGGACGCGUCCAUCUUCCCGGGCGUGCCGACGACCAACCCGUCCGCCUACAUCGUGACCGUGUCGGAGCACGCCAGCGAGAAGAUCCUGGCGCUGGCGGCGCCCCAGCCCGUGCCCAAGUGGGGCCAGUGCGGCGGCCGCCAGUGGACCGGCAGCUUCAUCUGCGCCGCCGGCACCAAGUGCACGUACCAGAAUGACUGGUACUCGCAGUGCUUGUGAGGUGGCUGCGGUGUUGCGUGAGGUGCUGCUGCACGGUGGGGCCUCACCUUAUUAGAGGAGGUGGGAGUGAUGUGAUGGGGUG